UUGCCGCGGGGACGAUGUCUCGGUGCGGCCGCGCCGCCGCCCGCCUCCUGGGCCGCUUCCUGCGCCUGCAGCAGAGUGGGGUCCAGCACUGCUCCUACCUGGCCUCCAGGAAAAACCUCUAUGUCACCAAAGACACCAAGGUCAUCUGCCAGGGCUUCACAGGCAAGCAGGGCACCUUCCACAGCCAGCAGGCACUGGACUAUGGCACCAACCUAGUUGGAGGAACCUCUCCAGGCAAAGGGGGACAGACUCACCUGGGCCUGCCUGUCUUUAACACUGUGAAGGAGGCCAAGGAGCAGACCGGCGCCUCGGCCUCGGUGAUCUACGUGCCGCCGCCCUUCGCGGCCGCGGCCAUCGGCGAGGCCAUCGAGGCGGAGGUGGCGCUGGUGGUGUGCAUCACCGAGGGCAUCCCGCAGCAGGACAUGGUGCGGCUCAAGCACCGCCUGCUGCGCCAGGGCAAGACUCGCCUGGUGGGCCCCAACUGCCCCGGCCUCAUCAACCCUGGGGAGUGCAAGAUCGGCAUCAUGCCCGGCCACAUCCACAAGAAGGGGCGGAUCGGCAUUGUGUCCAGAUCAGGAACCCUGACCUAUGAAGCUGUUCAUCAGACAACCCAGGUGGGCCUGGGGCAGUCUCUCUGUGUGGGGAUUGGAGGUGAUCCCUUCAAUGGAACUAACUUUAUUGACUGCCUGGAUGUCUUCCUGAAGGAUCCUCACACUGAGGGCAUCAUCCUGAUUGGGGAGAUUGGGGGCAAUGCUGAAGAGGAUGCUGCAGCCUUUCUGAAAGAGAAUAACUCUGGCCCCCAGGCCAAGCCGGUGGUGUCGUUCAUCGCGGGGCUGACGGCGCCGCCGGGGCGCCGCAUGGGCCACGCCGGAGCCAUCAUCGCCGGCGGCAAGGGGGGAGCCAAGGAGAAGAUAGCAGCGCUGCAGAGCGCUGGGGUGGUGGUCAGCAUGUCCCCUGCCCAGCUGGGCAGCACCAUGUACAAGGAGUUUGAGAAGAGGAAGCUGCUGUAGGGGGAGCCCCUUUGGAGCACUGUCUGCAGAACAUCAGCACCUGGCCUCUGCUUCCCUUCUCUCUGCUGAUCUUCAGCUGCCCAAGUGACUGGCAGUGGGCUGUGAAUGUGACUGGGAAGCCAUAAAGCUCUUGGCUGAGGCUCUUUUGCUGCCUCCCUGGUUCAGACCUGAGCAGCUCCUUGUAAAUCACAGCACCUGAAUAAAUCUCCUACCCACCCUGCCUCACCUC